UGGGCGGGGCCACGGGGACUGCGGCGAUAAACAAACUCACGCAGUGAAUCGUCACAGACUCUGCAGCAGUUUAUCACGCGACUGAACCGAAUCAGGGCUUUAACCCGGGUCACGGUCUGGACCUCAUCUGGAAACGAACCGGUCUGACCCGGUUUAUGUGACGCGUUCACGUCCCCGCGGAUUAAAGACACAAACAUGACGGAGCUGAGGAGGCGAGGAGGCGGAGGAGGAGACAGUCCCGAGAACAUGAGCGACAAGGAGGCUGAUGCUGAGGACAGACUCGGUCUUCAGCCUGAUACAGAUCCAGAUCCAGAUCCAGAUGUUGAUAUGGACUGUAAAGCAGACACUCCAGAUGUUCCUCUGUCCACAGCUGACAUUGACAACACUCCACAGUGUCUGAACAAGGCUCUGGAAGGACUGCCACCAAGGUGGAAGAAUUACUGGAUCCGUGGGGUUUUGUCUUUAGCUAUGAUUUCAGGAUUCUUCCUCAUCAUCUACCUGGGACCUGUCACUCUGCUGUUAGUGGUCAUGACUGUACAGAUCAAGUGUUUCCACGAGAUCAUCACCAUCGGAUACAGAGUUUAUCAUUCCUACGAGCUGCCGUGGUUCAGGACUCUGAGCUGGUACUUCCUGGUGUGCGUUAAUUACUUCUUCUAUGGUGAAACGUUGGCAGAUUACUUUGGAGCUCUGGUUCAGAGGGAGGAGCCUCUGCAGUUCCUGGCUCGUUAUCACCGCUUCAUCUCAUUUGCUCUUUACCUCGCAGGUUUCUGCAUGUUUGUGCUGAGUUUAGUCAAGAAACAUUAUCGCCUGCAGUUUUAUAUGUUUGCUUGGACUCAUGUGACGCUGUUGAUUGUCGUGACUCAGUCGCACCUUGUCAUUCAGAACCUGUUUGAAGGAAUGAUCUGGUAAGAAGAACGCAUUGUAAC